AUGCGGUCGUUUCAGCCGCCAUGGACGCACAAGAUUCCCCUUUCCAGCAAUCACGAGACCGGAUCAUUGACCCAGCCAUCACCGGCCCAUGAAAGCCGGUUCAUCGGGAGCAGUUCAGGCAUAUAUUUCAUCAACACCGUCAAACAAGCAUUCGAGUCUUCAGCACAGCACUCGAAGCCCGGGCAUCUGCCAGCAGCGGAGGACACCGUCGGCGGCGAGGAUGACUACGCUUCUUCGACGAGAAACUCGCCCGAGCGGGCCAGAGGCUUCGAUGUGAGCAUCAGCAGCUACCGAACGAUAGAGGUCGACAACCAGGCUCAGCUUGGCACGCUGCCGUCUCACGAGACUGCGCAAGCCAAUGCUAUCAGCUAUUUCAAGACAUGGCACCCAGUUCUGCCGUUCUUGUCCGGACCUGAAUUCCUACAAGAACUGGAGGCACUGUAUUCGGACCCCAGGACAAGCUCAGCCUCCUGCACGAUACCGGUAGAUCGACGGCGUCUCUGCUAUGUUGUCAUUUUCCAGUGUGUCUUGAGCAUGGGAUCAUACGCGCAACCUCCUGGCCUGAGCGAUGUCCCCUCUCGCUCGAGCCUGUUGUCCAUAGCAGCGAUGCUAGCUACAAGACAUGACACUUUGACAAUCCAGACGGUGCUGGCAGCUCAGCUGUACUGCCUCUCUACUAUGGCUUUACGCACUGCAUCAUCACUUGGCGUCCUACUGACCAAACUUCUUUACCAUGCUGGCCUCCAUCGCUGUCCGUAUCGAUAUCCUCAACUUUCGAACGAGGAUCUUGAACUGAGGGAGCGUAUACUAUGGGCGUCGUAUGCUCUGGACAGAUAUGUAUGUCAGGCUUUGGGGAUCCCAGUGUCUCUGUCCGAUGCCGAAAUAGACGUCUGCGUGCCUGGCAAGAGAGAGAUACAUACCGUGGCUCACGAGAGAGUGGGUGCCACGAGGCAAGACGAAGAAACUAAAGAACAAACCAAGGAUGCUGCCAAUGUCAACAAGGAAGUGAUACUGGCCAACUUUGUCGAGCAUGGCCGUCUGGUUGGCAGAGCGCUUGAGAUCUUCCACUCCUCAUUACACUCCCGCAAUAGCGAUCCGAGAAAGGUCCUCUUUCUACGAUCAGACGUGGACAGAUGGUUCAACAACCUACCCGAGGAGCCUAGACUCACGACAGAAAGCAGUUCUGCAGACGAGCAAGUCGCUCGGUUCCUACCGUUCUUCCAUGUACUGUACGAACAGCUUGUCAUCUCCAUCAAUCGUCCAUCUCUGUCCUUACCGAGAAACGCGCCCGAGUUUCAUCAUGGGCUACAAGUCAAUAUCGGCGCUGCUAAACGGACAAUCAAUGCUUUGGAAUUGCAAAGCACCUUGUUCUGGCCCGGCUACCUCGCAUCCGUAUGGAUGUCCGGCCUGAUCAUAUCAUUUGCAUGUCAGGUGGGACUGUACAACAUCGCGCAAGGAUCGCAGGGGAUCCUACGUUGCCUUGAUCUUCUCAAACGUAUGGGUGACCGCUGGCAAAGUGCACGGCGCUGCCACGCUGCACUGUCGACACUGCUCUCAGACCUUCAGCGUACUCAACGCCGAACCAACUCAGAGGCAUUUGGAGACGAGGAUGUUUACUCCAUACUGGCCAAGCGCAGACGACUGGACUCGAAUAUACGAUCGCCGCCUCCACAUGCUGUCACUUCAACGCCGCCUACCACGUCCACGGGGACCACUGUCCAACACAACGGAGCACAACCGGCAACGAUGUUUACUAAUAGUAAUGGAGAAUGGGAUGUCAACGACUUCUUCCGAGAUCUAUCCUGGAAUAACCUGUUCGACAUUGGUGAUGCCCAACAUCCUGAUCUGCAGCUCUUCGCCGGCUGA